AUGGGAAACUUCAUUAUUGUUAUACCAAUUAUAUGUUUCUGCUUUGUCUUUCCAAUCUCCAAAAUCAAAGCAGAAACUGAUACCAUCACUCACUUCCAGUCUCUAAGUAAAAACCAGACCUUAGUUUCCAAGAAUGGAGAAUUUGAACUUGGUUUCUUCGCUCUUGAUAACUCUACCAACCAUUACUACCUUGGCAUUUGGUACAAAAAAAUCCCAGGCCAAACCAUUGUAUGGGUGGCAAACCGUGAAAAACCGGCCACAAAUCCAAACUUUGUUCUAUUGAUUAUAAACAACACAACAAAUAACACACUUCUCCUUAGUCACAACAACAAUGUUGUAUGGUCCGUGAGCGUAGCAAGAAAACCAAAGAAUCCAGUUCUGCAGCUCUUGGAUUCAGGGAAUCUUGUUCUAAGAGAACAAAACAAUGAUGAUGAGAAUGAAGAAAAGAAUUAUGUAUGGCAAAGCUUUGAUUACCCUGGUGAUACACUCUUGCCAGGGAUGAAGCUUGGUAAGGAUUUGAGGACGGGUUUCGUUAGGCGCUUAACGGCGUGGAAGAACAAGAAAGAUCCUUCACCAGGAACCUUUAAUUGGGAAAUGGAUGUGACUAAGUGGCCAGAACCAAUGCAACGAAUAGGAUCAAUGAAACAGUUCAGCUCUGGACCAUGGAUUGGAGUGGACUAUGGUAGCAAACCAACGAGAAAGAACCCAUCGACCUUUGAAUAUGUUUACUUCUCCAACAAGGAUGAAGUGUACUUCUCAUUCUACCUCCUUAAUAACAAUUCAGUUUCCACGAGGAUGGUGUUGGAUCAAGCCACCUACAGGCGUCUGUAUUUGGUUUGGAUUAAUUCUGACCAAGAAUGGCUGGUUUAUAAUUCACUGCCAAGAGUCUUUUGCGAGCGAUAUGGAGUUUGUGGUCCUAAUUCCAAUUGUGAUUGGGAUAAGAGGUUGCUUGCGCGACAAGCCACUGAAUUGCGAAAGUGA